GCAAAAGUUGUCCAGACAUUCACACUCACCGUCCGGACCCUUUCUAUAGUCGCUCCUUUGCCUCCAGUCGGUCUGCACAGGGGCCUUUCACCCUCGGAGAAUAUCCACGGAUUAAUUACCCAUAAUUGAAGAAAGCCUGCACAGCAGCCCACCGCCAAAAUGUGGCCCUUCGACGCCGUCGACUGGCUCAUGCUCCUGGUCCCUGUCGCCUACCUCUUCAUCAUGAUCGGCUCGCUCACAGUCUUCUUGUCCCUGUACCGCAAGCGCCAAGCAGCCGCCGCCUCGUCUCUCGAGCCCUGGUUCCCGCAACAUCUCCAGCGCAACAUCUACCUGUCGCUGCUGCACCAAGAAGACCCAAAAGUCCCGGACAGCAUCCUGAAAGCUGCACUCCUGCGCCGCGCAACCGAGGACAUCCACCGCAUUGUGCAGAUCAGGAACGCGAAGCAGGCACUCCAGGUCCUGCUGCAGAGGGGCAGCGUGGGCGAUGAUUUGUGGAAGCGGUUUGAGCGCGCGGAGAAGGAGAUUGAGGAGGAGCUGAGGGAUGUUGUGCAGGAGGCCAACGCAUUCGCGCCCAACUGGGGCCAGUCCAUCUUCCAAUCCGCGUCCGAAAUGGCCCAGAACAACCACAUCCGCGAGUGUCUCGACGAGAUCCUCGCCAAAGCACCCAAGGAAUCACAGUGGUGGAACAGCCGCCGGGCCGAGAUCCAGGGCUCCUUCAUGAAGGAGCUGGACGAGGAGAAGAUCAGGAGUCGCGAGGGCAGCGUUGCAGGGACAGGGAGCGUUGUGGGAACGCCUGCGGCCAGCGUAGCGGGGAGUGUGAUGGGGGAAGAUGCGGUUAUGGUCGAGAGCCCGAGCGGGAAGAAGAAGCGGAAGGGGAAGAAAUGAGCGCGUGCUGAUGUCGUGGUUGCGAGCUCGAGGGAUUGAACGGGGAGCAUGUUUUUUUGUGGCGACGGAAGCAGGGUGCUUAUUACGCGCAUUGCAUGACUGGCGUUGAGGUGUUGGCAGGGCCACAGUAUGAUACUCAUGGGCAGCAUUGAGAAGAUGCGUCUUCACUCAAUGCCAUGCCGAUUUCAACUCACCAUGCCGAUUUCAACUCACCAUGCCGAUCUCAACUCAGAGUCUUAGCUCGUUCAUCACUCUCGGAAAUGAAGAUCAACUCU